CUCCGCCUCAGAGCGUCGCCACUUGGAGUCCCAGCAGCAUUCGGCAUUGUGGCGGAGCCUCGGAAGCCAACCUGCGGCCACCUGGAAACUUUCUCUUCCAUUAAAAAAUCAUCCUGGCUAACUCCGAUUUUUUUUUUUACGGCUAUUUUUUGACAUUCUUGACGUCAACAAGGACUCAUCUAAAAAGCUUCAUUUGAUUUGGGGAUUUUUUUUCGCGCAUGGAAAAAACGAGCUGCAUUCGUUUUGAAAAAAACUCGACGUGUACUAACUUUUUUCCCUUCCCUGCAUUGAUUGAAAUCCCAAGAAAGUAGAAGACGAGGUGGAGGCGGAGUCACCCCUUUCCUCCCCAGAUUUUUUUUCAUUUUUUUUUGUUAAAAAGGGGAGUACGGCCGCUUGCUCGGACCCGCCGCCAACAUGAUGAUGAUGUCUCUGAGCAGCAAGCAGCCCUUCGCCAUGGCGCACGCCAGCCUGGCCGAAGCCAAGUAUGCAUCGCUGCACUCCGGCGCCAACAUCUCCACCUCGUCCAAUUCGUCUUCCGCCACUUCUAACGCGGUAUCCUCCUCGUCGGCUUCCUCCUCGGCCUCCUCGUGUGCCUCCUCCCGCCACAGCAGCAGCAUCAUCACCAGCUCGGAGGCGAUGCGACGCGCCUGUCUCCCCACGCCGCCGAGCAAUAUAUUCGGCGGCUUGGACGAGAGUCUGCUGGCCCGGGCUGAGGCGCUGGCCGCGGUGGACAUCGUGACGCAGAGCAAGAGCCACCUCCACCACCAUCACCACCACCCGCCGCCGCACCACAGCCCCUUCAAGCCGGACGCCACCUACCACACCAUGAACACGCUGCCCUGCACCUCCUCGUCGUCAUCGUCCGCCUCCUCGGUGCCCAUCUCGCACCCGUCGGCGCUGGGAGGAGGAGGCGGCGGAGGAGGAGGGGGCGGCGGCAACGGCCACCAUCACCACCACCAUCACCACCACCACCACCAGCCGCACCAGGCCCUGGAGGGCGACCUCCUGGAGCACAUCACGCCGGGCCUGGCACUGGGGGCCAUGGCGGGGCCGGACGGCUCGGUGGUGUCCACGCCGGGACACCCGGCGCACAUGGCGGGCAUGAACCACAUGCACCAGGCGCUGAGCAUGGCGCACGCGCACGGGCUGCCGCCGCACAUGGGCAUGAGCGACGUGGACGCGGACCCGCGCGACUUGGAGGCCUUCGCCGAGCGCUUCAAGCAGCGGCGCAUCAAGCUGGGCGUGACGCAGGCGGACGUGGGCUCGGCGCUGGCCUCGCUCAAGAUCCCCGGCGUGGGCUCGCUGAGCCAGAGCACCAUCUGCAGGUUCGAGUCGCUGACGCUGUCCCACAACAACAUGAUCGCGCUCAAGCCCAUCCUGCAGGCGUGGCUGGAGGAAGCCGAGAAGUCGCACCGCGAGAAGCUCAACAAGCCCGAGCUCUUCAACGGCGCCGAGAAAAAACGCAAGCGCACGUCCAUCGCCGCGCCGGAGAAGCGCUCGCUCGAGGCCUACUUCGCCAUCCAGCCGCGGCCCUCGUCGGAGAAGAUCGCCGCCAUCGCCGAGAAGCUGGACCUCAAGAAGAACGUGGUGCGCGUGUGGUUUUGCAACCAGCGGCAGAAACAGAAACGGAUGAAGUACUCGGCGUGCGUUUAAACGCCACGCGCAACCUUUUCCAACUGGACGCUUUGUAUCAUAUAAGUUCCUAUUUGAAAACAAACAAAACACUCCUUUUUCAUGUCCUUGUGCAUAAGAAGAAGAAAAAAAAAAGACAGCGCGUGGGGGGAGAAGGAGUCCCGAAGAGCGUGCAAGUAAGACUUCAAAAUUCCACUCAUCUUUUGAAUUUCACACAAAAAAAAAAAAAAGUGAACGGGGACAGAACGCGGAACAACUGAGAGCACUUGGGAGUCACUGCAGGGUCCACGAGAAAUUUAACAAUAAUAAUAAUGAUAACGAAGACUGCCAAAUAUUCAUCUUUGUAAAUGUAUCCUUUACACCUUCGUUUUCGUGUCUAAACGUGCAAUUUAUUCGUAUUAAUUCCACUUAUUGUGUGCGUGUGUGUGUGGGUUGGGGGGGUUGGCAAAAUUCAUCAGGGAUGGGCAGAUUUGAUCAAAUCAUCCCCAAUGUUUUGUUUUUACAGUCCAGCGUGGGCCUGCUGCUCCUUAUGAACUAUUUAUGGAGUGAGGUCAUGUUUACUUCAUUACAUAUUUAGUGGGAUUCCCCCCCACACCCUUCACCGCCCCCCCCCCUUCUUCUUCUUGUUUUUGAACGAAUUCUCACGUUUUCCACGAACAUUUAAGGUGGUACAAUCGCUAUAAAUAGACAGUAUAUAUAUAAAUAGAUAUUAUUUCCACCCCUUCCCCGCUAUUUAUUUAUUUGUACAAAUAUAUGCGUCGUUUUGCUUGUACGAAUCACCUCGUUUGAUGAGUUUCGAUUGAUCGCUUCGUGGAAGCGGGAGAGCGAAAUGUAAAUAAUGUCAUCGAUUGCACAUUUAUUCCAAUUUUUUUCCCUGUAUUUGCUGUUUUAGCUGAGGUAUUUUCUGUAUGGUGUAUGUUGAUUUAUUUCAAACGAACAAAAACUCCCGGUUAAAUUAGUAUUAAUAUUCCCCACCCUCCUCCCCGCUUAUAAUUUAUUCAUGGACUUUUAUUUAACAAUUGCAAUGUGUGUUUCAUGAGAGAACAAACUUUGCCAUUUGGAAGGAGGGGGAAAAUCCAACCAGACAUGCUAGUGUUAUUUUGUAUUUAUGAAUUCAUCUGUUUAUUUAUUGAUAAGGUAGGAGGGGAAAACGCUUUAUAGCAACACAGCAGUGUGUGCAUGCACAACUCCUAAUAUCAAAUAAAUAAAUUGGGCUACCUAUCA